AUGGGCCUACUGAUCUCAUGUUUGGGAGCAAAGCAUACGAUCAUUGUGGGGCUUGCCUUUGAGGCCUGCCAAUUGGCCAUGUUCGGUUUUUUCAGCUCUGCGUGGAUUCUUUGGUCGGCAGGGUGUGUGGCGGGUCUGGGAAGCAUAACCUAUCCUGCUCUCUCUGCCUUUCUCUCCAACCACGUCAAGGCUGAUCAGCAAGGCCUUACUCAGGGUCUUCUCACCGGCAUCCGCGGUCUCUGUGGCGGUCUCGGUCCUGCUGUCUACGGUUUGAUAUUUUUUAUUUUCCAGGUGAGGCACUACUAUUCUCUGUCUUUACUUAAAGUGCUGCCAAUAUAA